GGCGGGCCUAAUAAUCGAGGGAUCGGGUUGUGCACGGCUACGUGAUCCACAGAUUCCCCUUUGCACACGUUCGUUCACACCCGCCGGCGCCAGCUAGCCACGCACACGCACACUCCAUCACGGCAGUAGUGGCCCGACAACCACUCCAACAGUCACAGUCCACACGCCGAUCAAUUCCAAACAGAUAGCGUUCCCUCACGUGGACCCACCACCAACCUACAAAUACGGCCACGCACAGCACUGCGCUUCACACACUCCACACUUCCAGAGGCAGUCACAGCAGCUGACAGCUCCCGCUCCCUCCAGCAGCGUCAGCACAUCGCGCCACCCACCAGUCACUCCCCCAAGGCCCCAAGCCCCCAAAUCACGAUGGAGCCCACGGGCACGAUCGUCUUCGCGUCCGUCGGCGUCACCAACUUCGGCUUCGACGUCUUCUCCGUCGCCGUCCCUACGCCCGCGUCCGCGGAGGCCGAGGCCGGCGUCUCCGCUCAGGAGCUCGACGAGCGGCGCCACACGGACGGCGUCUCCGUCAACUUCAACGCCCAGUUCGCGGACGACGCUGGCGACGCGGUCGCGUUCGUGUCCGAGCGGACGGGAGCAGCGAGCCUGUUCCUCUCCCGGCCGCCGGGGUCCGAAUCCGACCGCCCCGAGCCGCUCCCGGCCGCGGAGGGCAGCCUGUUCCAUGACCGCCCCACGGUGCGCGGCGGUCGGGUGUACUUCGUCUCCGCGCACGAGAAGCCGGACCGGACGUUCCAGAGCUGGGCGGCCGUGUACGCGGCGCGGGUGGGCGAGCGGAAGGCGGAGCCGGAGAGGCUCACGCCGCGCGGCGUCGUGGACAUGAGCCCCGCCGUGUCCGCCUCGGGCGACCUCAUCGCCGUCGCGUCAUACGGCGACCGGCCCUGGGCGUUCGACUUCCGCGUCCUGGAGACGGAGGUGGCCGUGUUCCGCGCGGCCGACCCGUCCCGCCGCGCCGUCGUGGCACCGCGGGGUGGGUGGCCCGCGUGGCACGGCGACAGCGCGCUCUUCUUCCACCGCGUCGCGGACGACGGGUGGUGGAGCGUCUUCCGCGUGGGCGUCUCCCCGGACACGCUCCAGCCCACGGGGCCCGAGCGCCGCGUCACCCCACCGGGGCUGCACUGCUUCACCCCCGCCGCGCCUGCUGCCGCCGGCGGCGGGCGGUGGAUCGCGGUCGCCACGCGGCGGAAAGGCCGGGCGCAGCGCCACGUGGAGCUCUUCGACCUCGAGAUGGAGCGCUUCUCCCCGCUCACGGAGCUUCUCAACCCGGGCCUCCACCACUACAACCCUUUCUUCUCGCCGUCGGGCGCGCGCCUCGGGUACCACCGGUUCCGCGGCGCGGGGGCCCCCGGCGACGCGCUAGUCCCGCACCUGCAGCCGGUGCGGAGCCCCGUGCCGUCCAUCCGGAUGCUCCGCGUGUACGGCACGUUCCCGUCCUUCUCCCCCGACGCGGCGCACCUCGCCGUGAACGGCGACUUCUUCAUGACGCCGGGCAUCAGGGUGCUCCGCUCCGACGGCUCCAAGCGGUGGACGGUGAGCAAGGAGCCCAACCUGUUCUACACCACCUGGAGCCCGACGGAGCCCGGGGUGGUGUUCACAUCCAUGGGCCCCAUCUUCGAGACCACGAAGGCGACGGUCCGGAUCGCGCGCGUGGAGUUCGACCCGGCCGACCUCACGGACGACGACAGCCGCGUGGAGGUGGGCGUCGCGACGGUGAGGCCGCUGACUCGGCCGGAGGCCGGCAACGACGCGUUCCCGGCGGUGUCGCCGUGCGGGCGGUGGCUGGUGUUCCGGUCGGGGCGGACGGGGCACAAGAACCUGUACGUCGUCGACACGGCGCGCGGCGAGGACGGAGGCGUCCUGCGGCUGACGGAGGGCGAGUGGAUCGACACGAUGCCGAGCUGGUCGCCGGACGGGAGCCUGAUCGCGUUCUCGUCGAACCGGCACGACCCGGCGAACCCGGCCGUGUUCAGCAUCUACCUGGUGCGGCCCGACGGCUCCGGGCUGCGCCGCGUGUACGUGGCCGGGCCGGAGGGCAGCGCGGAGGCGGACAAGGAGCGGAUCAACCACGUGUGCUUCAGCCCAGACUCGCAGUGGCUGCUGUUCACGGCCAACCUGGGCAGCGUCGUGGCGGAGCCCAUCUCGGGGCCCAACCAGUUCCAGCCGUACGGGGACCUGUACGUGUGCCGCCUCGACGGCUCGGGCCUGCGCCGCCUCACCUGCAACGCCUACGAGAACGGCACGCCGGCGUGGGGGCCUGCCUCCGCCGGGCUCGGGCUGGAGUCGCUGGCGAUUGGCCCACCCGCCGGGGAGGACGCGUUGGGCCAGUUCGACGAGCCGCUGUGGCUUACAUGCGACGUCUGAUAAUGACUGUCAGACUCAUGGUAAUAGCGCUUCUCCGGAUUGGGUCAUUGGGAUAAGAAUCAUGACGCUGUAUUGCUUGCUGUUUGGGACGUCCCUUUUUGUUUUCUUCGUUGCUGAAUAAAAAGAACGUGUUUUACGUUCAAAAAGGAAGAAUAAAAAGGUCGUGCUUGUGUGGACUCCAUUAUCCAUUGUCA